AUCACGCUCCGGAGAUUUCUGAACGCCUGCAUAAAGGAGACAUUCAGGUUACACCCACCUGUACCAUUUCUAAUCCCACACUGCGCGCUGGAGACUUGCGAAGUAUUAAAUUACAGAAUCCCCAAGAAUGCCCAGGUGUUAGUUAACAUAUGGGCAAUUGGUCGAGAUCCAUCCGUAUGGGAGGACCCUUUGUGUUUUAGACCAGAGAGGUUCGUUAACAGCGGGUCAGCUGUUGUGGACUUCAAAGGUCAUGACUUUGAGCUUCUCCUGUUCGGGUCAGGUCGGAGGGUGUGCCCGGGACUUCCCAUGGCAGCUAAACAGUUGACGUUAAUUCUCGCAUCGCUGAUUAAAGGGUUUGAUUGGGCUCUCCCCGGGGGAUCCGGCCAAAUUGGAUAUGGACGAGAAGUUUGGACUUACACUGCAGAAGGAUCAACCUCUGUUAUUUGUGGCCAAAAUCUGAUAGAGAUCUGA